GGAUGUCGGGACGUGUCAACCAUUGCAGGGAUCGCUGGCUGGCUGGCGAAGUUGAUUACUUUAGUAAGUAGUUUGUUUGUCUUGCUUUUUCGGCGCGACGGGGCAAGGAGUCAACUGGCGCUAAUUAAACUAGCUUGAAUGCAGUUAGCCCAAAGCGUCUAGUGGGUGGCGGUCGGUCUUUCCCCACCGAGACAAGCGAGAUUUCGAUGCCCCUGUUCGUGUUGCGGAUUGGCCGCCCGUUCAGCCCAGAGACACUACCAAGCCAUUCACGGGCCAUCAAUUCAGCAUGGAGAUGGAUCGCUAAUAUCAGCUUGAUUAUUAUGCUCCAUAAUGCCAAAUUGCCGCCAUGCAAGAACCCUGAUUGCAACGGACGGCAUGAACAGGUGGCAGUGGGAAAGUGGAGACCUCUGGCUCUGGCACUGGCUCUCGCUCUUCUUUCUCC